AUGUCUACCGAGUUGACUGGAUCUGAUAUGACCAAACAUUCCAUAAAAUUGACUACUAAUGAAAGGCCAAGAAUACAGGUUUUGCCGCCUGUCAAGAAGAGGGGGCGAGGAAGGCCUCGUUCCAAGAAGGGGAAAAUUAAUACGACGUCUACGAGUGGUGCUGGUGCUGGUGCUGGUGCUACGGGUGGUACGAUUUCCACUGGUGCCACGAGUUCCAUGGAUGCCACAGCUUUUACUUCCAGGGCUCUUGCGACCCCCUCAGCUCCCAUGGUCGUUGGAGUAACUACCUCCACCGGCCCAAUUCUAAGAAUCAGUGCUAAAAGAAGACGUGGAAGACCUCCAAAAAAUAGAGUGGAUGAAAUGCACAGACCAGUGAUGCUUACGGAGGAAACGAAAGCGAUGUAUGAAAAGCAGCGACUUGCUGAUGCUGUUUUUCCCAACUUUGAUGAUACAAUAAAGAGAAUGCAGCGGUACAACAUUUCCAUGGGUGGUGCCAAGAAACAUUAUGUUGGAGAUGGAGCAGAUACCAAUAGGGGUAAAUUUGUGAGUUGCGUUCUUUCUGAAGAUGAUCGAACGGAGCAAAUUUGGAUGCAAAAUUCAGUAGAAGUCUGUAAGAUGUUGCGUACCUAUAGAGAGGUGUAUAAGUUGAUUACUGCCAAAAAGAAAGAGUUGGCCAUGAGAGAGCGCCGUGCAGGGCCGAAAAGUGGCAUGCCCGAAGAGAUGACCGGAAGAGAGACAGAGUCUACAAUUACGAAGGACCACAAGAUUCACCAUCCCUUAGUAACCACCACGGAAGUAUUCCAUGUUCCUCGAAAGACGUUUAAGAUGAGGCUUAAUGUGGGGAGGCUAAGAACCCGGGCAGACUUUGGGGUGAACAGUAGUAGUACCACAGAUGCUGACGAUAGGAGUAGUAGAGAAGAGAACGAUGACAAUGAAGAGGAUGAAGAGGAUGAUGAACAUGAUGAUGAUGAAGAAGAUGAGGAUGAGGACUACGACGAUGAGAUUGUGUACGAAGAUGAGAUUGUGUACGAAGAUGAGAUCACACUACGACCUUCCGCUCGCGGAAGGAGACGUAUUUUCUCACUGGGUUCGUCUAGUGAAAGUGACACUUCUGGUGAUAAAGAUUACGUUCAGGAUGAAGUAGAUAAUAUUCCAUUCUAA